AUGUGUCGAGCGGCACCAUCGCAAGAUGUGGUCGACGAGACGUUGGAUGGGGAAGCUUCUCGCUCGUCUGGAAAUUUCAUAGCAGCGUUGUCGGGGUUUGAGACUGCGGAAAGAGGGAAGGAAGGGUGUGCGAGGGGGACAGGUGUCGAGAUGCAGAUUUCUCGAGCUGCAUCUGUGUCUGCGAUGGGAAUGGGAAUGGGGAUGGAAAAAGCGCACUGCGUGUCUGCGGAAGCGUUAACCGCGCAUGCCAUCUCGAUCGAUCUUUCGCGGUAUCCCUCUCUGGACCGCAAAACCCAAGAGGAGAUUGUCCUGAAAUAUCGGCAGCUGGAUGAGACGUUGCGACGCGCGGGACUUUACGAAUGUCCGUACCAUUCCUACGGCAUCGACAUGCUUCGCUACGGCGUACUCUUUGCGCUCUUCUGGAGCUGUUUGCAGUGCGCACACUAUGCCUUCGCCGGGCUGUUCCUCGGACUCUUCUGGCACCAGCUCGUCUUCACCGCGCACGAUGCCGGACACAUGGGCAUCACGCACGGCUUUCACACCGAUAGCUGCAUUGGGAUUGUCGUGGCCGAUUUUCUCGGGGGGCUCUCCCUCGGCUGGUGGAAGCGCAAUCACAACGUCCAUCACAUUGUGACGAAUUCCCCCGAACACGAUCCCGAUAUUGCGCACAUGCCUUUCUUCGCCAUCUCGCAUCGCUUCUUCGCUUCUCUUUACUCCACCUACUAUGAUCGCGAGAUGAAGUUCGAUGCCGCCGCGCGAUUUUUCAUCAAACAUCAAAAUUAUCUCUACUAUCCCAUUCUCCUCCUGGGAAGAUUCAAUCUCUAUAUACUAGCAUGGAGCUACCUCCUAAGCCCUAACCAGGCCCCUCGAAAAGGACCCGCAUGGUGGCACCGACACCUCGAACUAGCCGGGCAGCUCUUCUUCUGGUACUGGUUCGGCUAUCAGACCCUCUACCUGGGGAUUCCCCGCUGGAGCUCGCGCCUCACAUUCCUCCUCCUCUCACACAUGGUGACGGCGCCCCUCCACGUGCAACUAACACUCAGCCAUUUCGCCAUGUCGACUGCGGAUCUGGGGGCGCGCGAAUCGUUCGCGAUGAAAAUGCUGCGCACAACCAUGGACGUGGAGUGUCCCCCCUGGAUGGAUUUCCUGCACGGCGGAUUGCAAUUCCAAGUCGUGCAUCAUCUGUUUCCGCGCCUGCCGCGGCAUAAUUUGCGCAGGGCGCAGAGGUAUGUGAGAGGUUUUUGUGAGGAGGUGGGGAUUCCGUAUGUGAGGGUGGGGUUUGUGAGGGGGAACAAAGAGGUUAUCGGGAGACUGGGCGAAGUUGCGGCGCAGUUAAGGGUAUGGGAGGAGUGUAGGAAGGUUGCGGCACGGGAGUUGGUGGAGCGUCGUGGGGAUGUUACGUUGAGGAUGAGGUAG